AUGUCCAUGAAUCCUUUCUGCGAGAUUGCGGUCGAAGAAGGAUUGCGAUUGAAAGAGAAAGGUCACAUCUCAGAGUUGGUAGCGGUGUCGGCCGGUCCGGACAAGGCGUCAGAAACUUUGCGGCAAGCGUUAGCCAUGGGCGCCGACCGGGCCAUCCAUUUGAAGACGGACAUGAGAACGGACCAAGAGCUGCAGCCACUGGCGGUUGCAAAGCUGUUGGCCAAAGUAGUGGAGAAGGAAACGCCGAGUGUCGUCCUGCUGGGCAAGCAGGCCAUCGAUGAUGAUAGCAACCAGACAGGAGCCCUUCUUGCAGGUCUUUUGAAGUGGCCACAAGCAGGCUGCGCCUCGAAGGUGGAGGUUGAUGCAGGCAAGACUUCCUUGCAAGUGGAGCGAGAGGUAGACGCUGGCAUCCAGGAGGUCAAGAUUCCCCUGCCAGCAGUGGUCACUGCUGACCUCAGACUAAAUGAGCCUCGUUAUGCAACCCUUCCAAACCUGAUGAAAGCCAAGAAGAAGCCUAUGGAGGGCGAGAUAGCAUUUGGUCACUAUGCACCUAGUAGGUGCUGGCGGCGUGGCACAGGGGGCGGGUAUCACGAUCCUGCCGCAUCCAAGACAUUUGGCGAACCGAUGGAUUUCAAGCGAUGGAUGGCUGCUUGGAGCCAUUGUCAAAGCAUCAACGAAUAUCAUUGUGCGGAAAAGUUGAAACAAGUUGUUCCGGCGCUGGAUUUCAGCCAAACUUCGGCUGGAAGCUUUCCACGGACACCUGGCAAGGACACGCCCACUGUGGACCUUCGUGAGCUCGCGCUGCCUUCGCUUCGGCAAAGACCGGCACCAAAAGCGCCAAUCUAUCCAAAUCCGGGUGGCUGGAAGCACCAGACAUCCUUGCCAUCACGGACGCCUGGAUUUGUUGGGUCACUAAGAACCCGAUGA